GUAUGACCGGUUGCUGCGGAUCCGAGCACUAAGGUGGGAGUAUGGCAGCGUCCUGCCAAACACCAUCCAGUUUCACAUGUCAGCUGAGGAAGUGGAGUGGUUCAAUCGGUACAAAAAGUCUCUGGCUACCUACAUGAGGUCAGUAGGAGGAGAGGAGGGGCUGGACCUUACACAGGACAUAAAACCUCCUAAAAGCCUGUAUAUCGAAGUGCGGUGUUUAAGAGACUAUGGAGAAUUUGAGAUCGAUGAUGGUACCACCGUCCUGUUGAAGAAGAAUAGCCAGCACUUUCUACCCCGCUGGAAAUGCGAGCAAUUAAUCAGACAAGGCGUCCUCGAGCACAUUCUGUCGUAA